AUGGGCUUCCUAAGCUUUCUUGCCCGCAAGUCAAGCAGCAAUCUGCCUGGUGAUCACUCUAGGAUAACUGGUUCCUGGCCAACGAGUCAAACGGAGCUCUCUGGCCGAGUGACUCCGUCCAAGUCAACACAAAGCUUAAAUCAACAAAUUGUAUCAACACGUCCUGGCCUUCUGACCCAAGUGUCGCACAACUCUUCCUCACUACCUCUCCGACGCACAGCCUCCCAACAAGCCAUCGCCACCUACACGAUUACCACCGUGCCCCGAUCAGUUGACCUUCUCGACGCUCAAAGCACGUUUAAGCCAGCAGACUUUCGAAGCCGGAUCCAAGCAUCUGGAUCAAGAGAUUAUGGUGAAGAUGUUGCUGAAAGAAACAUUGGUAUCAAUGGUGUCGAAAUUCACAGUGAGGCAGUGCAGCAUUUCUAUGCGGCGACAAAAGAAGAGAUGAUAUCUGAGAAUGGCCCAAAGACAGUACCUCAAACACGGAACGACGAUAAAGAAGUUCGACGAUCUCGAAGUAAUAGUAUGACAAGCACUGCUAGUGCUCCAGCUAUCUUCCGGACUCGUUCUUUGUCAUCCGUUGGCCAUCGCCCGCGAACAUCUCACUCUCUCCACCAUACUUCGCGCCAGUCGAUGUCGACAAAGCCAUCACAUCAUGCUCCAGGUAAACCAUCACAUGCUUCUAUCGGUCAACCACGACUCGAGCAUAGACCUCCUCCUGUGGCUUUUUUCAACAACGCUAUGGGGAGUGCUGCGGCUCCAGGCGUACCUCGCUAUCAACGUCCGGCUUCGGCUUUAUCCCAGCGAUCGUUUGGACACAGGUCUCGAUUCUCCCGUGACGUUACCUACCACGAGAGUAUAUUGGAGCACGAUAGUGACGAUGAUGAAUGCCCUGCCCCCAUUGUACGGGGUAAGGGCAUUAAUGAUGUUCGCAACUGGCACCCGGUAAUCUCGGCACCGGAGCCAGAUUUGACUCCGUCAUCGCCACAUCAAUCAACUUCCUCUUCCCCCAGCUUUGACAUUGCGUCCCUUCAGUCAGAAGAUAGUACUGAUGAAACUUCUGAUACGGAAACGUUAUCCACCUACCACCUUUCGCCUGCACCACAGUCAGUAGAGUUUGAUGAUGAUGGCUACACCACAGACGGCUCCAAUGUUGAAGCCUUUCUUGCUAAAAAACAGCGCAAGUACGUUCCGGAUGGCGAAGCCCUGCUCUUUGAUGUUUCAGUAUUCCAUGAAGGUGAUCUUCCUGGAUUAUGUGCAGACGUUGCAGACCAGUCUGACUCGACUGAGAUGGAAGAUGCUGACGCUGGAUGCUCGUCUGAGUCGGAUGUGACCGCAUCUCCAGCAACGCCAACAUUUAGCACACAGCGCCAGCGAAUGUUGGCACUUGGCUUCGACUACUCCUCCGAUUCGGAUGAAGAAGCCCCCCAUAAAAGCAAGACAUUGGAUCUUGCUCAGAUUAAAGGGCUCGAUCUGGACGCUGUGGGCACAACGCUCAACAGCAGAGCUCAGAUUAGCCAGAUUAUACGACGAAGACGAGAGCAAAAAUCUUCUGCUCGACAGAAGCCCCGACUAGUGGCUAAGAGCACCCCUUCACUUAACACACAGGGUUAA